CCUGAAUAUCAACAACAACAUUGCCCACAUUUGUUCAACUUCCUCACUGUGACGGUUGACGCAACCAUCAUGAAUCACACUCCCAGUCCACACCUGUCUGAAGGUGGGAAGAAUACUGGAGGAAGCCUGCUGUGCAGCCUCGGUCUGGGGUCCGACAGGGGCAUCCGCUCCCCGGACAGCCUUGCCCACACCCCCAGCCCUACUGGAGAAACACCCAGUUCCAGCCCCCCCUUGCUGCUGUCACCCGGGCUGGGAGGCCUCGGGUUUGGCUCUCUGUGUGACGGAGCUGGAGCUGACUGGGAAAGUAGGGAGGAGUUGAGGCUCAGGGAACUGGAGGAGGCUCGUGCCAGAGCAGCCCAGAUGGAGAAGACCAUGAGGUGGUGGUCGGACUGCACUGCCAACUGGAGAGAGAAGUGGAGCAAGGUUCGUGCGGAGCGAAACAGAGCGCGGGAUGAGAUCCGUCAGCUGAGGCAGCGGUUGGACACCCUCACCAAAGAGCUGACCGGUGUUCGGCGGGAGCGGCAGGAGCUUGCCUCAGAGAAUGAAACGCUGCGGCAGGAGACUCUGCGCUUGCAGGGUGACACUGCAGCGCAUCCUGCCACAGCUGCCUCUUCCUCCACCACACACCCACACGGCACUUCCUCCUCCUCAUCUUCGUCUAUCCCUCCUUCCUCGUCUGCGUCGUCCCUCGCUUCCUCUAAAGACCAUUCUGAGUGCAAGCUUGACCGGGUUGGGGAAGGCCAACCUGGAUCUCCAGAAUCAGAACCUGUGAGGGAUGUGGACUUGAACAGGCAAAAGAUGGGCCAGCAAAAGGACCUGGAACUGCUGGAAUCAGUUUUGCAUUCAGGAGCGACUGAACGCGACACUCAGGAGAUCUGGGAUGGUCCUGGGGUUAAUCCAGCAGGGUCACGCUCAUCCUCCGGUCUGAGCCGGCAAGAACGUAGCAGGCAGUUGUGGGAGGACGUAACCACGGUUGAGGAAGACUCAAGCAAACUGAAUGCCCUGCAGCUCCGACUCGAUGAAUCCCAGAAAGUCCUGCUGAAAGAAAGAGAAGACAAGCUUGCUUUGAGUAAAAGCAUUGAGAGACUGGAGGCUGAGCUCAGUCAGUGGAAGCUUAAAUAUGAGGAACUCAGCAAGAACAAGCAGGAAGCCCUCAAACAGCUGAAUCUGCUGAAGGAAAUGCAUCAGGAUGAACUCGGCCGCAUGUCUGAAGACUUGGAGGAUGAACUGGGAGCUCGGAGCAGCAUGGACAAGAAGCUUGCAGAGCUACGAGCUGAGAUGGAACGGCUGCAGGUGGAGAACGCUGCGGAGUGGGGGCGCAGGGAGCGUUUGGAGACGGAGAAACUGGCCCUGGAGAGGGACAACAAAAAGCUGAGAGCUCAGGUCGAAGACCUGGAGGAGCAGCUAUCGAAGAAACGCCGGCAGGCGGCUUCUGCUCUGGACACAGACCUCAAGGCCAUCCAGAGCGAACUGUUUGAGAAGAACAAGGAACUGGCUGAUCUGCGCCACGUUCAUGCCAAGCUGAAGAAGCAGUUCCAGGAGAAGACCGCAGAGCUCGCACAUGCAAACCGCAGGGUGGAGAGCCACGAUGCUGAAGUCAAAAAGCUCCGUCUGAGGGUGGAGGAGCUCAAGAAAGAGUUGGGACAGGCUGAGGAUGAGCUGGACGAGUCUCAUAACCAGACGAGGAAGCUGCAGAGGUCUCUGGAUGAGCAGGUGGAGCAGACUGAUAAUCUGCAGGUACAACUGGAGCACCUUCAGUCCAGACUCCGGCGACAGCAGCAGAAUCCUGGUCUCUUUGGAAAGAUGCGAUCCACUCGGUUCAGUCCUGAAAAUACUGACGGUCCAAACAGUGACAUGGACGAGGAGGACGAGGACCUGCAGCUCCAGAUACCUUGACACGCGUGCACACUCGUACAGCGAAAUGUCGGAUACACAGCAGU